UUCAUUCUACAAUUCUCUCUGUCAAUUGCUUUGCUUACAGUAUCAUUAUUCAAAAUUACGAUUAGAAAUCAGAUUGUUUUUGUUUAUAUUUUUGCGAAAGUUUUUGUUUAGGCUUUUAUUCUUCACAAUGGCUCAUCUCUUAAGACGCUUUAUGAAUAAAUUUGAAGGCGUUCUCAUUGGGAAAUACUUCAUCAAGAGCAGCAUCAAUAUGCCAAAGAUGUUUCGCAGUAAUUCUGGCGACAUCGAUGCAUAUUUGAAAAUGGAAGAGUUGCGCACGUUAACGCAGGAACGACAGGAGCUCCAAGCGCAUGCCGGGAAACUGGCCAUGCAGCAGAGGAGUCUAGAAGUCAUGCUGACGGAGUUGACCAGAUGCAUCAAGCAAAUGGAGUUCGAUGACAAGCAGCGAGAGCAAGGGAAACCACACAAAGAUGCGGCAGAAGCGGGGGCCGGCGAGGAGCAACGAAACACUAUGUCAAGCAAUAAAUAAUAAUCAGCAGCAGCAGCGGCACCCUCUGUUGCCGGUGUUUUGUAAUAUUUUGUAUUAUUAUUUAAAAACCUUAUCACUGGCACUAAGACAACAAAAUCCCAAUCGGGGAACACCAUUCUAGACACUGGAGGGCGACUAUAAAUUGCUGAUGCUUGAGGGGGAUUUCAAUCAGUCGUAAACCGCAAAUCGAAGCUACAUCAUGAAAUUACUGGCACUCUUUGGACUUGUACUGGCACUUUUUGGCCUGUCGGCGGCAUCUCGGCACAGUGGACCACUUCAAGCUCCUGGAGGAAAUCCCUUUAGACAGCCCCCACCUCCAUCUCGGCCAUUUUACUAUGAUUCUCCACUGCCCAGAUUGCCAAAUCAACCGAGGACUAUGUACGCUUAAAUCUUGAAUAAACUAUUAAAACUUUAUGAGAAAGAGAGAGAAAGAAUAUCAAUACAAUAAAAAUUGUGUAUACCUUUGA